AUGAUUUUUACAAAAUAUUGUAAAAAUCCCCGAAAAUUCCGCAUAAUUUUAUUGUUAAUGAUUGUCACGUUAAUUGUCAUAACAUUGCUGAUACUCAACAAUGGCCUACAGCAGCAGCACCAGCAUUCCAUCAGUGCGGAAAAAAUAAUCGAUGAACAUUUCGUGGCCCAGGCCUAUGCGGACGAAGCCACGCAGCAGUUGCUGCGCCAACAACAAAAAGAGGCAGCAUCCGUAUUCCGCAAGAAAAGUGAUGCUGAUGAUGGGGGAAAUCUUGUCGUUCUCAAAUCGCCACGCCAAAAUGGCAUUAUACAGCCCGAGAAAUAUGAUGAACAUAAAUUGAAAUCCCGUCUGAUACAGGAGAAAAUUGAUAAUUUAAAACAGCAGCAAAAACAAAAUAAUCUUGAUCCCGAGGAAGAGCACACGAUUGCGGAGAGUGUUAGCAAUGCCAUACACAUUUUUUACUCCGCCCCCGUGCCAUGGUAUAAAACACGUAAAACUUCCAAAGAUAUAUUACUAACGGACGGUGGUAAUUCCUCCACCCUAAGGCCUCCUGCCAAAAUACUCAACAGUGCUUUCUAUCCAGCACUGGGUUUAUACAAAUCCACAAAAGACAUUUAUGAAAAACAUUUUGAAAAUAUACGCAACUGUGGUGUUGGUGUCUUAAUUUUAUCCUUAAAUAAUGCUGGCAAAUCACCAUCGUCGUCCUCCUCCACCCAAUCUUCCACCUCUUCAGCCGAAUGGCAGUCGUUGUAUCGUGACAUCUUGGAAAUUGCGCCAAAAUAUAAUCUAUCGAUAACAUUUGAAAUUACCGUUGCGGGAAAUCAAUCAUAUUCGUAUAUCCAACAACAAUUACAGGAUGUUCGGAAAUUCUAUAAAUAUCCGGGUUUUUUAAAAAUCUAUUCACAAUCACGCCGUCAUUUAAUGCCAAUAAUUUAUAUUAGUAAUGCUUAUAAGUUAAUGGAUGCCACUACCGCUCAGGCAUUUUGUAAAACUCCCGAUUCGUUGAGGUAUACAUUAGAUGCAUACUUUAUAGGUCACAUAAGAUUAAAAAAUCAUGCCGAUUAUAUGAGGCGUCUAUGUUUAGAUGGUUUCUAUAGUAAAUUGCCCAGCAAUGGUGCCACAUUUGCCAGCACAUGGAAGAAUUGGUCCUAUCUCAAAUCGUUUGCCUUAACCUAUAAAAUGUUGUUUGUACCAACUGUGGGUCCUGGAUUUGCGGAACGUAAUAAAUUCCCGCGUCAUGGUGAUAUACAACGGCAUCGCAGUAAUGGAAGGUAUUAUGGUGUUGCUUGGCGUACCGCCAUACUCAAUCAUGUCGGUUUUAUUAACAUUGCCAGCUAUAAUAAUUGGGCCGAUGGCAGUCAAAUUGAAGAAGUCUUACCCAAGGCUGGAUUUUUAGACUAUAGUCCCGGCAAGCCGAGCAAAUAUUUGGAUUUAACCACACAUUGGGUUACGAAUUUUGUUAAGACCCGUAAUGAAGCGGCCACAGCUGCCGCUGCUUCGCACACUCUACUCAGCUGUUAUGAAUAUUUAAAUAAUACAAUUUGUUAA